GCCGAUGAAUUCUGGACAUUCUUUUGCAGGUCUUUUGACAGAUUUGAAGUGUGUUUUGGUGGUUUUCGCGAGGAAUACAAGAGUUUCUGGACGUGAAAAUGAGUGCCAAAGAGCUCCAGGAUGAGGAAGCUGAGGCUCUACUCUCAAUCUAUGAGACUGAUCAUGCUUUCAAGCAGAUCAAUCCAACGACAUAUCAGUAUAAGUAUGGCGAGGAGGACACGAGCAAUUCCUUCCUGGUGGAGUUAGUGUGGACGACAGAGUAUCCAAAUGAGGCGCCACAGAUGAAUCUGGACACAUUCUACAAUCGGAAUCUGGUGGCGUGCGUGAAGGAGAACAUCUUGAAGGUGCUGACGGAAGAGGCGCAGCAGUGGCUGGGCUGUGGCAUGACUUACACGCUGUUUGAGUGUCUGAAGGAGCGCACGGCGGAGCUGACGGCUGCCCAGCCGGAGAUCACGCAGCGCCAGAGUGUGGCGGAAGUGACGGAGGAAGUGGAGAGACUGGAAGUGACGAAGGCGCCCAAGAAGGAACAUCUGACGAAGGCACAGAAGCGCCGACAGUGGGAGAGAACAGAUCACAAGGGUGAUCGUCCGCGGGGGUGGAAUUGGGUGGACAUCAUUCGUCAUCUGUCGCAAACUGGAGGGAAAUCUCAAGACACCAAUCCUCAAACGUAGACUUCGUCGUUGCAACUUUGCGUUCAUACCAUUUAUAAUAAGCUGUAAUAAAUAUGAUUUCAAG